UUUACCACAUUAAUUAAUGAAUAUAUUGAUAUGAAUACUUUAUCUUCAUUGAUCACUUGUUCAUCCUCACAUUAAGGUGUGUGACGUCAGCACGCAGGACGUGUGUGUGGGGGGGUGUAAAGGGGGGGGAUCGGGAUUCCUAAGGAUUACCCGUCAUGCCCCGCGGGUAAAGAUGGCGACAGCUGAGCAGGGCAGUAGAUCAACUUUCUCCGAGCGGCACUGAGUGGAUUUUCUUCCGUCGGUCGGAGCGUCUCAGCCGGCUGCUUCUCCUCCCUCCUCCCGCCGCCGCCGCCGCCGCCUCCCCGCUCCGGAUCUCCUCCUCAGCCGGACCUCCUCGCUCCUCCCCGGCCUCGGAUCGGUUCGGAGCCCCCCCUCCCUCCUCCUUCUCUCCUCGCCCCACCGGAGGAGCAGAGCGGAGCUCCGGCUAAAGUUUCCUCUCCUCUCCGCCCUCCGGGACUUGUUUGUGGAGGCAACCGGGACCGAGCGGCGCCGUCCGGCCUCACAGGUUGAGUCUCAGAGGAAGACUGAGUGUGAGGACGGACACCGCAGAGACGAUGAAGAGUUUCCUGUGUUGACAUAUGAGGUGUUUCAGUGGAUGAAGUCAGCUGUGGAGAAGAGAAGCUCACCUUUCAGGACUGACAGACGAUAGAGAGGAAGGAAGUAGGGCCCAGGAUGACGAGUGCGGCCCCGGCCAGGAAGCCGUACCGUAAGGCUCCGCCGCAGCACCGUGAGAUCCGCCACACCCUGCCCGUUGCUCCACCUCCACCUGCGCCGCAGCCCGACAUAAAUCAGGUAAACCAACACACUGUAAACACACCUUUAAGCUCCCUGCAGCACCUCCCCCACCUCCCCGCCACCAAUGCCUCUAAACGGCUGCAGUGCGGGUCACGGCAUGGCAUCCCGACCAAGCCGCUCCCGCUCUCUGACAGCGAGCUGGACAUCUCCAGCCUGUCCAGCCUGGAGCUCUGCAUCCCGCCGCCACCGCUCUUCAGUAGCCACCGGCCCGGCCGCACCAGGACCACAGCAGUGGGCGUCACCACAAGUCCUCGCCGUGCAGCAGGUCACUCCAUCAGCGGUGGUUCCACAGCGGCCAGAAAACCCUCCCCCACCCGGGGACCCAGAGGAGACCGCCACAGCCGGACGCAGAGGACGCAGAGUGCCGCGCCUCCAAAGAGCAUCCUGAAGCAGCCAGCCUCGCUCGGUGUGGAACACGCCUACGACAUCAUCCGGAAGUCAAAGUCAGUGGAGCUGCUGGAUGACAGCAGGGGGCGGAGCGGCUCCAACGCCCACCCACCCACUCGCUCUCUGGACCGGUCGGACCAGCGGGUGUCAGCGUCGCGGCGGUCGUCGGACCCGCCCUCCCCCUGCAGGAGCGACUGGAACUGGAGGAUGCAGGUUCUUGAGGAGAAGGUCCGCUUCUCCAACUUCCUGGAUGAGAUUACGUAUCAGGUCCUAAGCCCCGCCCACCUCACGCUGCUUGGCAGGACACCCUCCAGUGAGCAAGGAAGCCCUGCCCCUCAGCGCCGCCGCCGCCCAGCCCACAGGAAGCAGCAAGCAGAGGGGACAUCUGCUGACCGGACUAAGCGCUGGGACGACUGGGUGGCGGUGAUGCAGCGGCCCGGUGGGUGGUACCAGCCCCUGCAGGAGGAGCGGGUGGGGCAGGAGACCCCUCGACAACAGGGUGACAUCACAGAGAGGGCGGGGCCUAAAGAGGAGGUGCUGAAGGUAAAUAGAGGAGUAAAGAUGGAGGGGCAGGAGAAGGAGGAGCCACAGAGACACAAACACAGACCUCCUUCUAAUCAGGCUCUCCUGUCCCACAUCAAGGUAAGUGAGAGGAGGGGCAGGGCUCCUCCUCAUCAUGCUCCCCCUCCUCCUCGUUAUGCCCCCUCUCCUCAUUCUGCCCCUCCCCUCCUCCUUCAGCUCCUCCCUUCUCCUCCUCCCAUUAUGUUUUUUUAUCAUGAGGAGUCUUUAAGUUUGAGUUUUUGGAUCAGUUGUGGGCUGGUUGUCUCAGACUCACCCCUCCUGCCCCUCCUCUUCCUCCUCCUUCUGCUCCUCUUCCUCAUCCUGUCUUCCCCUCCCCUGGGAGAGAGUCCGGUGGUCUCCUAUGAGCCCAGCCUUGAAGACGUAAUCCUCCAGCAGCAGAAUGAGGACCUGCAGCGCCGCCUCUCCCUCUCCACCCACAAGAUGGAGGCCAUGGAGGCGGAGUUUGACGGCAGCCGUCACUACAUGGAGGCAGAGCUCAGCCGGACCAGAGACGAUCUGGACAAGAUGAGGGACAAGUUCCGCAGACUCCAGAACAGCUACACGGCGUCUCAGAGAGCCAAUCAGGACCUGGAGGAGAAGCUUCACGCUCUGGCUGCCGUCAGUCAGACAUGGGUUCAUGCACUACGGAAGGUGGAGAGGGACAAGAAGACAAUGGACCAGGAGAUUGUGGAGCUCACCAACAAGCUGCUGGACGCCAAGAACACCAUUGACCGUCUGGAGGAGCUCAACGAGCGUUACAGGCAGGACUGUAAUCUGGCUGUCCAGCUGCUAAAAUGCAACAAGUCACAUUUCAGGAACCACAAGUUCGCCGAUCUGCCCUACGAGCUGCAGGACAUGCUGAACAAACACAUGAAGAGCAGCCUUCCAGAGCGAGGCCCCGCCCCCGGCUCUCAGGACCCGGACACACUCAGUUUGACUCCCGCUGACGUCGUGCCGACAUCCGUCAUCGCCCGUGUCCUGGAGAAACCUGAGCCGCUGGUCCUGAAUUCGGCCCAGUCCAGCAGCUGUGGCCGACCUGUUGCAGAGGACGUCUUCGUGCAUGUGGACAUGACGGGUCCCGCUGCUGCCGAGGCCCGAAGCCGGGAGAACGGCGCACAGGAGGCGGCGCAGCAGAACGGUUCCUGCCGCAGUCAGAGCAGUCUGGACGGGCAGUCUGGUGGCGAGGAGGCAGGUGGGGCUCCGUCCUUCGAGAAGUUGAACCCUUACCCAGCACCACCACCUCCGCACCCUCUCUACCCCGGCCGCAAGGUCAUUGAAUUCUCUUCUGAUGACAAAGUGAAGAUCCCCAAAAACUCACCGCUGCCCAACUGCACCUACGCCACACGGCAGGCCAUCUCUCUGAGCCUCGUCCAGAAUGACGAUGAGCGCCUGGCCCCCGGCAGCCCUGCUCCCUCCUCCUCCUCUGGCGGAGGGGUCCAUCAUCGCACACCGCCGUCACAGCGGGACGCCGCCAGCGAGCCACUGUCCAGCCAGUCCAGCCCAUUCAGCAGCCCGCCACAGGCCCCCAGCGUCCUGGCGAGCUCCGGCAGCUCGGAGGAGGACCUGCUGGCCAACUGGCAGCGGAUGUUUGUGGAGAAGAUGGCGCCGACAUGCGACGGUUCAAUGGUUCAUCGCACGGCAUUCAGCAGUCAGACGGCUCAGGAGCUACAGAGGAGGAGGCCGACGCCAGGGGGCGGGACUUCCUCCUCUUCUGACCGCCACAGAGCAGCGUACUCGGACGGUGAAGAGGGCUCAUCGGCGCGGAGCUGGACGCCGAGCCGUGGCUCCAGCCUCGACACUGACACCGACACCGAGCCUCGACCCGGCAGGAGGGGGCGCUUUGGCGGCGACGGCUCCACGGAGGAGGGCGAGAGGCUGCUGAUGAACCUGGAGGACGACUGUGGCAGCGGGGACACGGCGGUCACCGUGGCGACCAGCCCUGCCGACACCCAUAGGAAGGAGUUAGAGGAGGAAGAGGAGGAGGAGGAGGAGGAAAGUUCCACUGAGGAGAGAGACGUUCUCCCCCACGACCUGCCUGUCAUCUCGCCCCGCCUCCUGGACUACGACCCCGCCCUCGCCGCCACCGCCACCCCGCAGCGUCCACAGAAGAGCCCGAAGAGGAUGGGCGUGCACCACCUGCACCGCAAAGACAGCCUGACCCGAGCCCAGGAGCAAGGCACGCUGCUGGACUGACCCCGCCCCCUCCACACUGUCUGUUCCCAUGGCAACUGACUUGUCUGUCACAGAGGUCAGAGGUCACGCCCAUCCAGGAUAUAGCCAUGCUCUACCGUAUGCUGCCGAGUUCCGUGUGUGUGUGUGCGCGUGUGUCAGACCGAUCAGUUGUGAUAUUGAUCAGCUGAUAAUCAGCUGAUCGUCAACUUAUCACAAAUUCAACAAUGAUAAAAUCAAACUUUUAUUUUUAUGUAAUCAGAUUAAAUUCCAACAGUAUUUUUAUUUUCUUCCAUUCGUCACAUUUUUAUUGAUUAUUAUUAAUCAAUCACAUUAAUCUGAAAAUCACUGACAUGCUCUGUGGCCAAAAGUUUGUGGACGUCCUGUGAUACAAGAGGCAACUGAAUCUUUUUUUUUUGUUUUGUUUUUGUUACUGAGUUUCUCAAAAAGUGACGCAGAAAACAAAAUUAGAUUAAAGUGACUCAUUUAUUUACUUUAAACCACAUUUUAACUGUGAUGGAACAGAAAGUAAAAUUAAAGCUGCAGCAGCGACAAACGGACCCUCGCACCUCUGCAACUGGUGCUGUCAGGACGUGUCUGAAAAUAUGUACUUCCUGUUGCCAGUAGUUGUCAAUAAGGCACACGCUGCUUUUGCAGUCGAUCCCAUUGAUUCUACAGGAGAAGUUUGUUAAAACACAACACGUAGGAAAUUCAAAAUGGCUGAUUUCCUGUUAGGUUUAGGCAAGAGGCUUUGUUGUGCUUCAAGGCGUGUGUUUUGGCGAAACGUCGACCUGCGCUGCACCGCCGCAGCGACACGCUUUGAUGAAAACUCAGUUUCCACAGUAAAGCAUCACCCCGGCCUUAUGGAUGUUUUUGACCACAUUUGAAGUGGGUCUGGUCAACUUUGUAGGAGAUAAAACAUGUCAUUUCCUGUUGCCAGUAGGGGGCGCUAUAUUUAUCACUAAUUCAGUUCAGUUUCAGUUUUAUUGUCACUUAAUGAGGGGCAGCUUGUGGAGGGAGUUAAUUUCCCUGAUGGCCUGAGGGAAGAAACUGUUGCACUGGUGGAUCUGGCCCUGAUACUUGGUAGCCUCCUACCAGAGGGCAGGAGCACAGAGAGGUGGUGGGACGGGUGAGAGGGGUCCAGCUUGAUGCUUGUGGCCUUUCUGACACAUCUGUCUUUGGAGAUGUCUGCUGGGGCUGGUGGGCGCCGAUGAUCUUCUCUGCUGCCCUAACUACUCUUUGCAGGGUUUUCUUAUCUGCUGCAGAGCAGUUGCCAAACCAGACAGUGAUGCAGUGGGUCAUGUGCUUUCUAUUGUCCCUCUGUAGGAUGUUGUCAUGAUUGACAGAGGGGAUUUGGCAGAGCAGUCAUGUGUCAGUAGUGUGAACAUGGGGGAGCACACGGCCCUGGGGGGAGCCGGUGUUCAGCGUGAUGCUGCGAGAUGUUCUCUUUCCUGUUCUGACUGACUGUGGUCGGCCUGUAACACAGUCCAGUAUCCAGUUACAGAGUGGUGUGUUGAAGCCCAGAGUGUUCAGCUUCUCUGUGAGUUGUUGUGGAGUGAUGGUGUUGAAUGCGGAGCUGAAAUCAAUGAAUGACAUCCUGACGUGCAUUUUUUUGUUCUAGAUGUGUGAGUGCCACAUGUAGAGCGCUGGAUACAGCGUCCUCAGCAGAUCUGUUUGCACCAUAUGCAUAUUGAUGGGGAUCAAGGUUUGGAGGCAGGAGGGUUCUGAUACGCUACAUGACUAGCCUCUCAAAGCAUUUCAUGAAGAUGGGGGUCAGAGCUUUGGGGCGGAGUCAUUCAAGCAUGACACAGAGGCGGAUUUGAGGCAUUCUGGGACAACAGUCUGGAGCAGAGAUGUCUGUAAAAACAUCUUUGAGCUGGUCAGCACAGUCUCUAAGGACCCGACCAGGUAUGUUGUCCGGCCCAGCAGCACAUGUAGAUGUGUUCAGGGCAGGACUGUCAUCAAUCCUGUGAAGUCUGGGGAAGAUUGGACCAUGUAUGCUGGAGCUUUAAACUACUUCCUGUUUCAUGGCGAAACUGAAGUUUGUCACAUGGAUUGACAACAAGUCAAGCUUAUAAUAAGUUUUCAUCUUUAGAUGGUACACACCAAAUUUGAAGUCGAUAUGAUCAAAUCUGUAGGAGGAGUUCGUUAAAGCACGACUCCUGGAAAUCCACCAGAAUUACACAGUAAAUUCACAAUGGCUGACUUCCUGUUGGGUUUAGAGGAUGGCUCCAAAAGACUUUUCUGUACGUCUGAGCACGCUCCAAACGCAUGCCAAACUGUUUGUCUGCGUGAAAGUUAAAGGUUGGGGAUUAGGGGGCGCUGUUGAACCAAAGUGCCCAAACUUUAAAACCAAUGUUCCCUAGGAUUCAAAGUUUCAUGAGUUUUUGAGCGUCCCCAAAAAUGUGCUCAAGGGCUACAAAUAAAAAUCGGAAUAAUAAGAAUUCCUUAAAUUUCAUGAGGGUCCUCGCCGCCGCCUGCGCUUAGCGCUCGAGUCCUAAUUAAACGGUUAGAUUAAUAAAUACAAACGUUUUUCUCUAAAUCCUCAAAGACUUGAACAGGGUUUGGUUGAUGGUGGCGUCCACUUACUUUUGACCACACAGAGUCCACGGUCAGACGUCUGUACACCAAGAUGAACUACGCGGCCAAAAGUUUGUGGACGGCUGAUUAGAUUAAAUUCUGAAUUAUGUAAUCAGUAUUAUAAUCAAUGUUAGAAAACCCAUUCUGUGUGUGUGUGUGUGUGUGUGUGUGUGUUUUGGAUUGUUUGUUAGAGAAGAAGAAAAAAAAAAGAAGCUAAAAACUUUUUGGACGUCUUUGCCUUGUUUCCUGACCUGGAGCUUUUAUUUUGAAGAAAACAUAUAAGACACACCUGGAUGCGCGCGCGCACACACACACACACACACACACACACACACACACACUCGGACUUGGACUCUCAGUGCCUAUCACUCUCUCUGGGAGGUUGCGAGUACGACGCCGGGCCUGCUGAAGGUCAGACAUUUUUUUUCUUCACUAAUCACUUCCUGUCAUGGCGUGUUUUUAUUUAGUCACCUGACUGGUCUGUCGGGACGUUUAACCUUUGACCCUGGCUGACCUACACCCCCCCGCCCCUCCCUUAACGCUGUAUGUGCAGGGGGGUGGGGCCAGGGGGCGGAGCUUGUCCCACCUGGAAUGUAACCAUUCAGUUUGUUUGUUUGUUGUCUUUGUUUUGGGGUAUAGAUCCAUUAUUAAGAGAUUAUUUUAUUAUGUUUAUGUUUGAUUUGUUUUGUUGUUUUUAUGUUCGGACGUUCUCACGCUGCUACGGAAGCCCGUUAGUUCCAGAAACAUGGGUGGGCACUGAAAAUGACUUUUAUUUUGAAGGAUAUAAACUAAAAAUAGUUGGAGAGGCGGUUAAAAUCGGGAGAAAUCAGGUCGUCAGCCGUCGCAACCCUGGACUAAUGUUUGAUCAUUUAGUUUGAGUUUUAAAGGAGCAGUACGUACGUUUUAGUGGCGCCUGGCGGUGAACAUCACAGGUUACAACCAGCUGAACGUCUCCCGGUUAGAAUUCCUUCAGCGUUGAGGAGCUGAAUUAUCAGCAGAUGUCUCCUCCUCAGUGCUUUUACGACGCCACUCAUAGCGGAGGUACUGCUGAUUAAGAAAACAUGAAUGUCUCUAUCUAGAGUCAGUGUUUGGUUUGUCCGUUCUGAGCUACUGUAGAAACAUGGCGGUACGUGUUGAUCUCUGUAGACGAGGAC